AUGUACAGCGACUACACUCCAGCCUUCUCUCUAGAACGAAAACGAACAGCAUACAUCCUGAGUCUCCUGGAGGGCCAAACGACAUCAAGCGCAUUAGCCACAUUUCCACCAGAGCUACGUCGCCUGGUUGCGCGGGACCUUGUUCGGGAAUACGCCGUGGUCAAUUUGCAUCACCUAGUACAUACUGCACCGACUGUUCCCAACACUGUCACCAUUGACCUUGAGCAGGACGUAUAUGCGCUAUAUGUACGCAUUGAGGGUAGCACCUACGUUCAGUCUCUUCACAACAAGGCACCCAAGGGAGCCCGUCUGGACUGCAAGCAUAUCCAUUCCCCGCACCCGGGCCAGGUUGUACGCAAGAUAUUCUUAGAGUAUGAUCACCUGGGCAUCCGAGGAGUUCACGUGUGCGCUCCCAGAGGUGAUUCUCAGCAGACGGCUGACAACGUAUGGUGGGUGGAGCUUCGACGCCCUCAGGGAGUUCGACAAAUUCUGGCUGUAUCUGAUGGGUUGAAGGUCAGGGGAAUCAUGGAUGGGAUGGAACAAGAUGCAACAGAUGGUUCCAUCCGUGGCCCUGCCUGGCCAGAGCCAGUCACGGAAUGUAAAGUGAUGGACCUUGAAGGACUGAAAAUUUCCGCCUUUCCUCCCAGAGGAUUGAGGAUGAACCUUGUCGAAUUCAAUGCGCCACAUGUCGAGGGGUAUUUUAUCGCUAUUUUCCGACGCCAGGUUAUCAAGUUGCAGGCACACCGCCAAACAGCAAGCCCGCAUUUCUACCAUGAUGCAGACAUCAUUUGCAAGGAUCUGACGUGGAUAUACAUGCCUGUAGAUCCGGGAGACUUGUCACGAAUCGCGGCCGAGCGACGAUUUUGGGGAAGAUACCCAGUCCUCGGUAUACCUAUUCUCGAGUCCAUGAGAUUGGAACUUCACCCUCGAGAGUAUACGUCAAUGAAGUGGACAGCGUACGAGACGGGCAGCGAGUUAGCCGUACGACCAGAGCUGCCAAUGUGGAUUAGGCAAGGAGAGCUGGAGGGCGACAAGAAAUAUGUCAGUGAGGUUCGACUACACGGACGACAAGGCGUUGACGGCGCGCAGUCUUGGCAAGAAAUUCCCUGGCAUGGCAAGUUGGAGUGGUGGUACUUGCGACAGGAGGCUAGGGUGAUUCAUGCCGCGUCAGAGCCCGAGCAACCAGAUACGGGAGGCUCGCUAUAA